AUUUAAUUGAUCUCCCAGGUCCUCUUCAGCCGGUCUCUUAAAUGUAGACAGUCUUCCCCAAAAGAUAAUUGACAGCUUUUUUGAACUACGCCCCUAAACUGUGGAAUUCAAAAACUAAAAGUAUAAGGGUCGUAGACUCAGUUGACAGUUUUAAGCACCAACUCAAAACCUAUUUCUUUAUUCUGCCUUUAACUAAUAUAUUUUGUCAACAUGGUUAGUUAUAUUUAUUUUAUUUUUUUCUAAUGUUUGUACUUCUAUCCCAUUGGACUCUAUCAUCAGUAUGAAGAGAGCUUUAUAAAUAUAUUAUUAAUUGGAAACGAAUAACACUGGAAAUGUUUGUGUUUUCAUCCAGUAAAUAAUCACAAGAAAGGCAGCGAGUGUCUUUCGACCUGUACCACGAGCUGAGCUAUCAACACCGAUCUUCUCUUCAGAUAGAACUCGGGACCCGAGAACAAGUAUUUCCAAAAACAAAAGCGAGUCGACUUUAUUCCUGCUUGCGGUCGUUUCAUUUUGUUUUGGACCAUACAAGGUAGUGGUAUGUGGUUCAGGAAAAAUAUUAUAGUUCUGAGCGAUUUACACGGAUUUUAAAAAGGGAAGUGUUAACACUGGAGUUUAUUGGAGCACUGAAUCGGAUUGGAUUCGUGAGUGACAUCACCUUGCAGUAUAAACGCAGGUCAGAAAGAUGACGUAAAAUUAACGGUUUCUGGCUCUGCUACUUCUUCCCUAAAAUGUGACAUCAAUUAAUUUGUAGAAUUUGUCGAAUACUGUCUACUUGGAGAGCAAUGGGUUUGCGCCCUGGGUUAGGGACUCGCCGCAGUCCUGCUCCUUAGCUGAGAGUGAUGGCAUCAUAUAAAUUCCAGAUCCCACGGGCCCUCUCAAGUGGAGCCCAAAAUCACACGGGAUGCUGGAAAGAACUCGCAACAUUUCUAUCACUGAAGCAGGCGAUCUCAUCAUUAUAUCACUGCAUACAGGCCGCGUCAGCCGACGCCUCUACCAAAGUGACCGUGAGAUGCUAUUACAACUGAAGUCUCUUAUCUACCUGCCUGCAAGCUUUUUAAAGGAAGGAAGGAACGGUGGCUGCGCAUGUCCAUGUUGGGCAAGUCAACAGCUUUUGCCGUAAAGUACAGCAGUAUCUAGACAGGUAACUGCAGAAAUAGUGCAGCACAGCUCAAUCUCCAUCCACAGCAGCAACAUAUAUCUAACCGUUUAGUACGUAUUUCCAAAACUCCGGUUAGGAUUUGGAGAUACGAUGAUGUACUAUGAGCUUGGAAGACCGUUGCACAAUCGGUUCCUUUUGGAAUGAGGUGAUUUUUGAGGAGACUGGUAACUUCUCUGUACCAGCAGUAUCCCACUAUCAGUCAGGGUAACUGGCCAGUUUAUUUUUUUUAUAUUAUAGACAAAAGAAUAAACAAUGUGAAAACAUUCUUCGCGUCUUAUGGUCAAAACAUUCAGUAGUGUUAAUUGCAUAAAAAAAACAGAGCACCAUUGCCGCUCAUGCUUGAGGAACUCCCCCACCACCGACUCAGCCUCCGUGGAAGGAGCCGAGACUGUGGUACUUUCCCACAGAGCAUUUGCAUCGGCUUCAGCGCCUCUCUCAGCACAUACUGGAAUACGCCAGACAGCAACAUUCCGUUAUGGGCAUCUCGCCAGGGUGGGAGACCAACAAGUUUCGGGCAGACCAGGAGGUCUUCUUUCCCUUGAUGUCUAUCUAGAUGGGACAGACAUCCUUUGGGAACAGUCCGUUGGUCAGAGAGUCCGCUGUUCACCUUUGCGUUUAACACGAACCAUACAUCCCACCACCAAUUCCUUAUGGAAGGGAGUGGGACAACCGAUUGGAAUUACUGGAAACAAACCACCUCCAAUCCAUUUCCAGGUGUUAAAAUGCACCUGAGCCCCAAAGCUCCGCCCCCCAAAUCUAGCCAAUAGAUCGCUGGAUGGCCCGAGACAGUCCAAUAGGACGAGUUCUGUAUACAGCGGUUGGGGUGUGCCCUGGUCGCACGGUCCUUUAGUGCAGUGAACGCCUGACUAGCUCUACAGAGCCAUUCAGGGCACCGCCAAACGAGAUGAGGAGCAGUAGAUAUCCGACAAAAUGCGCUGCCGGCUCCCGAGCACUGGAUCUCUGAUCGCCCUGCUCACGGCAGCGAGCAUCAUCGCUCCCGGGUCGUCUUACUUCGGAUUGACUGGGAAGGAACCCUUGGCCGUCUUUUCAACCCCUAUCGUGGAGGAUUUCGGCACUGGGAAGGUUCAUCUGAAGCAGUGCGACAGCUUGAAACUAUUCCGCAGGCAGAAACGGCUGUGUCGGAGGGAGCCCGGGUUAGCGGAAGGUCUGCGGGAAGCAAUCCGUCUCAGCACGCUUGAGUGCCGGUACCAGUUCAGGUCGGAGCGCUGGAACUGCAGUCUCGAGGGUAGAGGGAGCCUCAUCAAGCGAGGGUUUAAGGAGACCGCCUUUCUGUUUGCGAUUUCUUCAGCUGGACUCACCCACUCGCUGGCCAAAGCUUGUAGUUCAGGCCGCAUGGAGCGCUGUACCUGCGAUGAGUCACCUGACCUGGAGAACAAAGAGGCGUGGCAAUGGGGUGGCUGUGGGGACAACCUCAAAUACAGCAUUAAGUUCAUCAAGCACUUUUUGGGACAGAGGAAAGCCAGCAAAGACCUGAGAGCCAGAGUUGAUAUGCACAACACCAAUGUGGGCAUCAAGGCUGUAAAAAGUGGUUUGAAGACCACAUGUAAAUGCCAUGGCGUAUCUGGAUCCUGUGCAGUUCGAACCUGCUGGAAGCAGCUCUCAUCUUUUCAUGAAACAGGCAAGCUUCUCAAACACAAGUAUGAAACAGCCGUUAGAGUCCAUAGUGUUACCAAUGAUGCCACAGGUGAGACUGAGCUCAUCAGCCCCAAAAAGCACAGCUACACCUUGAAGAACCACAUCCCAAGGACUACAGAUCUCGUUUACAUCGAGGACUCCCCGAGUUUCUGUCGGCCAAGUAAAUACUCUCCUGGGACCGCAGGCAGGGUGUGCUCAAAGGAGACAAACUGUGAAAGUAUGUGCUGUGGGCAGGGUUACAACACCCAGAGUCUCCUGGUGCACCGACCCUGCCACUGUCAGGUGCAGUGGUGCUGCUAUGUGGAGUGCCAGCAGUGUUCUCAAAGAGAGGAGAUCUAUACUUGCAAACACUAAUAGUAAGAAGAUAAGACAACAAGAAAAACACAGGUGAAGGAAAGAACAAGACUUUGAAGUUGCAAGUUUAGCAGCGGUUUGUGCAUGCUCUUCUGAGACGAAGUCAGAAAGCCCUUGGAAAAAUAAGAUUAUACUGUAGAGUUAAGCCUUACUGAACAUAUUGAAAGUGUACAUGCCUUCAGUUUAAAGAAUCUGUAUUCAGAAGAUUUCAGCUGAACUAACAUCUAUCCAAACUUUAGAGGAGUGAAGGGUAGAUGUCACGUUUUCAGGUGGACUUGUAGGGCAGAUCUGAUUGAAGGAAGCUACAAACAUCUCCUUCAUUUAAGUUAAAGAGUGACUGGUAAAUAAAUAAUGGUCCACAAUGGUUAUUUCACUAAUUAAAUAUGUUCUCUUUGAAAGUGUGGGUGCAGUGCUGGGGAGCAGAUGGAACUACUUGUGAUCUUGAGGCCAGUUCUAUAAAGUGUGCAAACAAAACAUCCUGCGGUGCAGGUAUGAGAGGGAAUGUGUAACUUCCUGUAACCAUCAUUGUUCAAAGCAGCCUUCAUCUUUCAGUCAGAUUGAUGGAGGCUUCUUGUUUAACCUUUGCACAGGUUUUGAACCAACAUGCCCCCAGGACAACAUUAACCUUUUUUGAGGUUUGUUCCUGCGUUCCUUCCCCUUUUCUGCCUCUUCGAGAAUUCCGCGAAUGAAACAUAUACACAAUUGGCAAUGUUCUUGGAAGCUACAGAUUCUGGGGCAGUUGCCACUAAUUCACGAAAAUGAAGUAAUUGUACUAACUUAAUUUCUCAAAACUUCAAAAAAAUUAAUAAUUAAAAAUAUAACAUGCUAAAAAAUACCCAGUUGAAAAAAGGAAAUCUUUCCUUUAAGCAUCUUUAUCUAAAGUUUGUAGUUCUGGCUGUGGUGUAAGAAUGAAUUAAUUUGUGUCUAUAAAAUGGUGUUUUAAGCUAUUGUAUCACACACAGGGAUGACCGAUGAAUGCAGUAUACUUAUUGCUGCAUCAAUCACUGAACCCUCCUUAUCACUUUCUAACUUCAUUCCUCAAUUCUUUUCUCUAAUUACCUUAUAUUCCCAUAAGAUGCUAUACUUGGGGGUGAGACUUUUCUGACUGAAUUGACUGUUCUCCCAUUUUUAAACAUGUGGAAUUCAUUCCUUUAUUUCAAAGAUGAAUUUGCUUGGACAAACAUUGCCAAUUCCCACUUUCAUUUUGAGAAGUUAAGGCAGCAUGAUGUCUUUUAUUUUCAAAGAAACAGUGUAACUUUUGGCAAUUCAUAUGUAUCAAGCCAGAUCUUCUGCUUGCAAAUGUGGAAAUUGAGAUAACUGAGAAAACCUCACACAAUGACAAUAAAUCUAAACUCAAUUUAUAAAUAUUGAUUUAGUCAUAUGCAAGAGAAGUUGUGAUAAUUUGUGAAUCUUUCCUUAUUCACUAAUUAAUUGAUAUUAUAUAGGUUAAUAAAGCGAAUGAUAGCUGAGUAAGAUCAUAGCAUUUCUGACAAUUAAAGUAUAUUAUUUAAAUAUGGUAAUUGGUGCAUGUCUAUAAUGUAAAUAUUGAUGAUCAUUUUACAAGUUUUGACUACUGUAAGAAAGUUUAUUUUUUAAUCUAAACUGGAAUAGGUGCAUUUCUACUAACAGCACUAGCUUAGGAAAUAACUUUGGACCUGAAUACUAAUGGCAACUGAAAAAUUCUGCAUCAAGUUAUAAUUUUACUUAAAUAUAUAUCUGGCAUGUAGCAGAAAUGUACUAAAUGUACAUUGUGCCUCAAUCUAAUGACAAAGAUCAGUUAUAUUCUUAAUGUUACUAUUUCAUUCUCAGUUCAUGUGACAAGCACUCUUUGGUACAUUAACGUCUUUUACAAUAGUUAACUGUUGUGUAUAAUCACAUUUGGAGACUGGAAGCUGAGCCUAACAGAAGCCAAUUUUUUUGACAUGCACACAAGUACAUGUAACCACCAAUGCAAAGAAAAACUGAUUUGCAGCAGCAUCACAGGUGCGUAGCAUCCGAUACACAACAUUCACAAGAAAAAUAUAAAUAAACAUUAAUACACAAUUUUUACAAGAAAAACCAAUUAAAACAAAAAAAUAAGUCCUCUAUAGUGCAAAGCAGUCAUAGUGUUGCUAUACUAAACUACUGGGUUGUGCAGGAUGGUUCAAGAACUGAACAGUUGAAGUUAAUUAUCUGUACUUGAGCCUCAUGGUGCGGGACUUCAGGCUUCAGUACCUCCUGCCAGUGGUGGUUGAUCAAGUCAGGGCAUUGUGGAAGUAAUGGUUGCUGUGGGUGGAAAAUGAAAAAUGCAGAUGCUGCAAAUCUGAAGUAAUAUCAGAACACACUGCAGGUCAGGCAGCAUCUGUCUAGAGUAAAUCAGAGUUAAGCAGAGUUGUCAGAACUAUCAGUUCCGUUGGAGUUUUUAACAUGAAAUUUUACUCUGUUUCCCUUUCCACAGAUUUUCAAUUGAAUGUUUCUUCUGUCAGCCCAGACAGAGAGAUCACAGUUUUUGUAUGUUUUUCUGUGCCUCUCAAGACAUUAUUGAUUUAGAUUCAUCAGUGAUAUAAACCUUUGAAAAGUAAUUAAAAAUCCAUUGCUUGCAUUUUAUUCUUCAUUCAAAAUGAAGCUUGGUUGUCCCAAAAAGCUUGAAAGUUUUAUCAAUGCGAUUGGUAGUAUUUUGUUUGGCUGGGGUAAUAAAGGUUAUAGAACCGAAGGCUAUAGUUGGUGUUAAGAUACAGAUCAACUGAUAUAUAUAUAAAACUGAAUGGUAGAAUAUAAUGAAAGGAGCUGAUGAUGGGCCGAUAUUAUACAUUGAUGAUUUAGGGGAAGAAAGGUGAGAUUAUGAUGGCACAAUCCACAAGAUUGUAAUUUGUUCCACAAGUUUAUAAAAACAGAAGGCUCAUAUGAUGUCAAUUAAGUCAACCUACUUAGCUGAAAAUGAGCUAGCAGCAUUUAGAAAUCUGGGGAGACCUUGUCUAGGCAUCUGUCUCCCUUUGAUACUGUUAGAGUUCACUGUAGACGAAUGAAGAACAUGAUUCAAUUAACAGUAAUUAUGAGAUUCAACUCUGCAUAAAGAAACCUAGAUCCAAAUGGUAAUUAUGGUAAUGCAUUUAUUGGGAUAUAAUAGCACUUUAUAACUUAGUAGAGCCUAGGAUAAUAGGUUAAACAUGGUGUAGGGUCAUUUAGGGGAGAAAGCUGGAAGAUUGCUAUGACUAAUGAAAUAAUCACUAGCCAUGGUGGUGCAAUUAAAAGGUUGAGGUUGAUUCAGAAAGUGAGUCCAAGUUUCUUAUUCUGGAUAGAAGAAAGAAGAUGGGCCAAAUGGCUUCCUGAAUCUUAAGUGUGUUCAUCUACUUGAUCAGUGUAAUAUUAAAGUGUUUAAUUAAGCAUAACUCCACUUUAUAGGUGAUCAUAAUAGAAAUGGGAAUAAAAGACAAUUGACAAAUCUUCAGUUACUAUAUGACAGUAAUUUUAGACAACAGUCUGAUCCAGAAGAGGAAACCAAAGGCCUGAACUAUAAGUAUGUUUUCCUCAAAGUCUCCUGAAGAUUACAGUGGGAGGACAUUCACAGGCCUUAUCGCCUUUGCUGGCAAUAGCAAAUUUAAAUUCUAUUCUAUUCCCAUUUCCAAAUUCUUUUUCCAAACUAUUUUAUAUUUUUUACCAUUUCUUACACUUUUCUAAAUAAUUUUAUGAGAUUCUAUAGUAUUUGUCUCAGCAAUCGGACAUUAAGUAUUCAUAUUUAUUCACAAUAAUUUCCAUUAACUUUUCAAAUUUCCCUAAGUUGUACAUAGAUGGAUAUUUAGACAAAUGGUAUAUAUUCUCUAUUCAUUGCCUGAGACACACUCGAAGUACAGAGAAGUUUGUGACCAUCAUACACCUUUGAGUUUAGUCCCUAUGAGGAGGCUUUGGUGGUGAAAAGAAAUAAGGGAUUGUUAUAUUUAUCUUGUCGACUUUUUCAUUGAAUUGCAAUUUUAAAGCAUUUGCAUAAGGCAUGGCGGCAGUACACAGGGCUGAUGGUAUUACCAAAUUUUGUCUCCCCUUGUAUUACAGAAAAACACAAAGCUUCUCAAGUGAUAUUUGAGUUUAAAUUUUCUUUCUGUAUAAAGGAAAUUCCACACUUUGCUAAGCAAAGCCGAUUAAAUUUCAUUUAUGAUUAGCAGUGCUUUAGGGUUUUAUUUAAUUCUGUGUAAUAUUUUGCCUUGAUGAAUAAGAAAUUCUGUCUAAUAUUUUAAUGCAACAUUCAACCUAUUUAAAAUAUAUUUUUGAAUCAGUUCAGUACAAUCACUAUAAAAAUAACACCAUCCUGUUAUGUACUGUCCUCAACUCAAGACAAUGUUACAGUGACGCAUAUUGGAAUUUAUCAUAAGCGCACAUGUUAACAUAUAUGCUAAAAGUAGUCCAGAAAGGAAAGUUGUCCCUUAGUGCUUAAAAACAGUUGAUUUAUUGCUAUUAAAAUUAACAGAAAUAGAAAUAGCGUAGGUCACAGUGGAUCAUUAAUAUUAGUUUGGCUAAACAUGCUGUUGUGAGAGAUUGCAUAUUAUAAAACACUCCAAGAAAAGAAGGCAGUGAAAGUUAGGGUUAUUAACACUUGGAGGUUCAUCAUUAAGGAGUCAUGAAAAGUAACACGUUUAUAGAGAUAAAGAUCUAUCUCCUUGUGAAGCCUAUGACAUGAUGCACUGUGACUUAUUUGAUAGGAUCAAUUGAUGCCAUCUAAAAGGACCAUUAAGGAAUAAGAGCAGACCCCAUUGCUUUAUUAAUUUAUCUGUUGGUGUUCCAAGGGAAAGUAAAAUUAUUUUUCUACCUCAUGUGUACAGCCUCUAGGUAAAUAAAAUCUUAAAGUGUAUUUAACUUAUUUAUCAUCUUUAUAUAUCAAAAAGUGAAAACCCUUUUGGAUCACCUUGGGCAGUGAAAAAGCACAUUAAUCAUGUGGUUAACGUGCAUUUUCUCUGCUUUUGUAUGUUAUUUAUACUUUGUUUCACAAUGGUUGGAAAAAAAACAGGUUUCAUGCAUAUAUAGAACAAGUUGCACUAAUGUUCCUCAG